AUGGACGGAAUCGUUGCUAUGAUGGUAGUGAUGAAUGGAACUGUGGUAUGUAUUCAUACUAACAUUUGAAAAAGAUCCUCCUGAAUAUUCUCUCAUAAAUUCUAAAUUAACAACUUUUUCCAGAUGGCAUUUAAUGUACCUGUAUGCUUAAUUAAAUGAGGAUUGUGGCCAUCCAUAUCUCAGUAACCACGGAUUGAAUUAAUAUAUAUUCGAUUGAACAGGGCCUGCGGCCCCUGUUAAUUCAAAUGAUAGCUAGCAUAAACCAUGAGAACAUGUAACGUAUUAUUUUAUGAUUUUUUUAGGAUAUUCUUCUAUUAGUUCUAUAAAACCUUCUUCUACUGCCAAUGUACAAGGUGAAUAAAAUAUUUGUAUGUGUUUGUUGUAUGCCUAUAAGUGCUUAACUAAGCAAGAGUGUGAACAAAUAUUUAGAAUGAAUAGUAGAGGAUUUACUGCAUCUCUUUACUCUUUACUCUUUACUCUUUACUUUGUAUUAGACUAUAGCUUCUAACGGACAAACGCGAAAUAAUAAUUAAAAGGUUUUCUAUUUAAGGAAGGAGUAAACGUUUCUCUCAAUAUAGUUUCAUCAUCAUCACAGAGUCCUUGUCAAUAUUAUGAAUUCAGAUGUAACAAUGGUUACCAAUGUGUGCAUCAGUAUUAUGUUUGUGAUGGACGGAAUCGUUGCUAUGAUGGUAGUGAUGAAUGGAACUGUGGUAUGUAUUCAUACUAACAUUUGAAAAAGAUUCUCCUGAAUAUUUUCUCACAAAUUCUAAAUUAACAACUUUCUCCACGUGGCAUUAUUAGCCUGUACAGUACAUGUAUAUGGGUCAUGAGGAUCGGAGUCGUCCAUCUCUCAGUGACCAUGCAUAAAAUUCAUAAAUAUUCGAUCAAACAGGGCCAGAGCAAUUGACUUUUUAAUAGUUGGGAUCUUGUUGAUUUAAACAGUAGCAUAAACUAUGAAUAUAUAACGUAUUAUUUAAUGAUUUUUCAGGAUAUUCUUCUAUAAGUCCUUCUUCUACUGUAAGUAUACAAGGUAAAUAAAAUAUUUGUAUAUGUUUGUUGUUUACUUCAUUUUGCAAGACCGUGAAGGAAUAUUUAGAAUGAAUAUAGUAGAGGAUUUACUGUGUAUUAGACUAACGACAGACUAGUGAAUUAUAGCUUCUAAUGGACAAACACGAAAUAAUAAUUUGAAGGUUAAGAAAGAAGUAAACUUUUCUCUCAAUAUAGUUUCAUCAUCAUCACAGAGUGCUUGUCAGUAUUAUGAAUUCAGAUGUAACAAUGGUUACCAAUGUGUGCAUCAGUAUUAUGUAUGUGAUGGACGGACUCAUUGCUAUGAUGGCAGUGAUGAAUGGUAUUGGAACUGUGGUAUGUAUUUACGAUAUAAUUUUGAACGAAAAAACAUGUGAGCAUAAAAUGUGGUUUGUCUGUGUAGAAUGGAAUGAAAUGGAAUGUGUGAUGGGCAGCCUAGGCCCAGUCGUUCUGAAGCAAGCGCGAGAAAAAAGUGGAUGUAGUACGAGACUGGAACCUAGGUGUGACGUCACCGCCCGUGGUGCUUCAGAACGCCUAGCAGAUUUCAGUAUUUUUAAUAUGGCGGAAAAUUUAUAGAUACAAGUAACCUUUUAAUUAUAAAUACGACAAUGUUCGUUCAUCAUGUACAUGUUCGAUGUCUACAUAACCAAAUCAAACUGUAUUAAAAAUGUGCUCAACUAAAAAAAUUUAUAUACAAAUUUACGAUACCGAUUUGAGCAAUCGUUGAUGUUAUUUAUGUACUCGCAAGUUGUGAUCAACACUAGACCAUACUGGUAUACACAACUACGCUUUCUACUUGACAGGUUUAAAUUGCUGAGGAGAUUCGAAAUAUUUGCCUGACAUGACGGUGUUGUCAAAACAUUCUUAGCCGGAGAUUCGGCAUAAUUUUCAAGCUUCUAGAUAGCAUUUAAUAUGGCUAUACAUUUUAGUAAACACGAGUCAUAUUUAAUUUAAUUCAUUGUUCCGACAGCAUUAAAUAAAAAAAUAGAAAAUAUUAUUAUUCUUAUUAUUAGAGCAAAACUAAUGACUUAAUUUUAAAUGCAAAGGAAAUUUACAUAACAUUUUCCAUUUACAAAUGAGGUAUGCUUGGUAACCAGGCCAGGGACCACUUUUUUGAAAUCAGGGACCAUUUUACCGAAAUCUGCUAGGCUCUCUCGCUGAAGCGUUCCGCACAGCACACCCAGGCAUAAAACUUUUAAGACUUAUUUAAAUAUAUCAAAGCAGCGAAUAGAGAGAGAGCCUGGGACUAGGCUGUGUGAUGGGUUAUAGUUAGGGUUAUAACUGUCUUCCCGAAAAUGCUCCCAUAUGCUUGCUAUUCCGCACGUUCAUUCCGCCUUUUGCAAUUACCGCAGAGAAACUUACUCAUUUAACACAAAAGAUAUUUUAAAAAUUAAUUGAUUUAUUCUUAUAGCAAGUCAAACUAGUACAUCAAUUCAACCUUCGUCAACAGGUGAGUGUAAUGUAUAAAAAUCUUUUAAUUAAUUUCUUGUGUGGUAUUUGAUGAACUUUGUCGUUGUCUUCGCGCCGUUCUCUUGUUUGCUUGUACUGUAAACCUAUUGUUGUAAAGUAAGACAUUCUGGCUCUUCCACAGUAUUCAGAUCUUCUCUUACAAAAUCCAUCUGUUCGUCAAUUAUCCCGUUUACUUUCUUGCUUUAUAAUGUUUCCGAACGUCCCUCUUUCGUCCUGUCUAAUUGCACUGAAAUCGACCGCUUAGAUUCUUAAUUCCUAUCAUGUUCUCUCCCUUGACGUAUCAUUUGUCAGUUCCUUGAUUUGUCAGUUCCUUGAUUUGUCAGUUCCUUCGUUUACGCAUGUGGUCCAUCUUCUUCUUCAGUUUACACCGUCGCCUGUCUCCAUCUGAAUCUCCAAAUCCAAAUUUCCAGUCUCGCUCAUCUGUCCGUAAUACGUAUCCAUACUUUCUUUAAUGUCAAUGUCAAUGUCAAUGUCAAUGUCAAUGUCAAUGUCAAUGUCAAUGUCAAUGUCAAUGUCAAUGUCAAUGACCUUCCCUGCAAUAUCUUUUCCUAAACCUAUCUUUUGAUCUCUUCAUUCCAUAACGAUCUCUGACCAGCUUCUUUUUAUCUCUUCGUAUAAUGUGCCUAUGCUAUCGCAUCCUUGACUUUCUCUGCAAUGCCUACCACUCCACAUGUCAGUCUAAUCUCUUCACUCUCACAUCUUGUUCUUCCGCAAAAUUUCUAAGAUCCAUUUCAAAACUUGCAUCCCAGUCUUCUCAUUAGAUCUUCUUUGUUUUACCAGUGGCGUGCUGGGUACUAUUUUUCUGGGGGGGCCAGUGGGCUGUCAACAAAUAUGCGCCCCUAUGUUUCGCUUGAUAAACGAGGGCCGAAGGCACGAGCCGAGCGCCGUAGGUGCGAGGUUUGUCUAGGGGGGUCCGGGGGCAUCCCUCCGGGAAAAUUUUUGAAUUUAGAGUCUCUGAAAUGCCAUUUCCUGGACUUUGGGGGGACGAUUUGACAGAAAUCUGAUGGUCAGGAAACGGCACUAUAACGUGUCGAAAUUUGCAAUUUGUUUGAAUUUAUUAGUAGUAGUACUUAUAUCAUGCAAUGCUAACAACUUCCAGCGAUUAAUCUAAUCCCAAUUCUAUUCUUUACUGAUCUGGUCAUCUGAAUACAUUUACAACAUACAGCUCUUUUAUACAAUAGCACACGGACCCCACGCAUAUGCAUUUUAAGGUUUCCCUGCCUGGCUGCCAAAAGGGCGCGUUUCAGCUUAUUUCAUUACUCACAUUACUCAUGAUGUUUCUAGCGCAAACAACUAAAUUGCGUACACAACUUUACAUUAUCAUAACUUAAACUAUCUAAUUUGCGCCGCUCUCGCGAUUAGUGAAGCAUAAUAAAGGUUAUAAUACCAGCAAAAAAGGGCAUGAUUCCCGUGAUCGCUUCGAAACCUGACCAAUAUUCCGGUGAGGAGACAUUGCGUGUGAUCACAGUUCAUGUUUCUAUAUGAACGAUUUCGUGUGAGCCGUGAGGUAUAGCAAAUUAGCAAAUACGGUUAGACAAAAUAGUCUGCAUGUAUAGUAUAAUUUAAUAUAUCACUUUGUCGCCUAUGCGCUUAGUCUGUUUAUAAGCCUAUAAACACAUCUUUUCUCGGCGCCGAAAGUAACUAUAUUUUUUCGAAUGCGUUUUUUCCCACCCACUUUCAAAAGUCGGCGCGGGAUCGGCGCCCCCUUUUCAUUUUUGCGCCCUGCAAGAAUUGCCAGCUGGGGGGGCCGUGGCCCCCCGGCCCCCCCCCCCUGCCAGCACGCCACUGUGUUUUACAAUAUCAUCCAGUAUUCAGAUUUGUCACACAAUUAUUGCUUUUCAGCUUUGACAGUUAGAAAUUGUCAAAAUUAUCAGCUCAUUCUUAACAAAUGAUGAAAUUAUCUUGUACAAACCCCAGCUUGAAUUCAUGUUGUACCUUAAUUUCCACGUGCAUGCAUGUUUUCCUUUAUAGCACAAUCUUGGGCGGUGACACCAUCAAGACAGUAUUGCUACCACUGGGAGUUCCAAUGUAGAAAUGGUCAAUGUAUUAAUCGACACUAUUUGUGUAAUGGUGGCUAUGACUGUUAUGAUGGAAGUGACGAAGACUGGCUUAACUGUCCAAGAAAAAGUUUGUUUUUAUCCCUUUGGCGUUUUUGUGCCAUUUAACUGUCGUUGGCUGCUCCAGGGUUUUAGCCAGAGCGUCAAAACUGGCCGUCUAAAGCCCAUUUUUGUGGACUGGUCAAGUGUCAUAUACUUCAGCGUCUUUUCGACAAACCCUAUCGAAAUAUUAUACAAUAAAUAAAUUAAACAGCAACCGACAACUUUUGAAAUACUCACGAAAUAUCCCUAUUGAAUAAUAAUAUUGAGAAUUGCUCUUUAAAGAAAAAAAUUAUUAGCCGGAAGUAUAUCAUAAUUUGAUAUAUCUAAUAUUCUAUUGUUGAAUUCGCCUUUAUUUCGUUCUCUUCAAGCUUUUCCCGAAAAUUUAUAUUCUCGGAUCAUGAAAUUUGACUGCUUCGGCAGCCGUAUUUAUAUUAGCCGGACGAAUUAAACGUCUUGUGCUAAGUGCGAAUAAUAUAUAAAUACGAAAGGAACUAGUAUAGAAUGAAACCAAGAAAAUAUAAAAUGUUUUAAUUUGACAACUAUUUGUACAGUUUCCUUGCUAACUGCGUCCAAGUUUAUAGUCGUCUCGUAUUUACAAUAUACUAAACGAAUUAAACGUCUAAGACGAUUAAGUCACCUGUUUAUGUGCGUCGUUUGGACGCACUUGACAGGCGACGUUAUUUUUUAUUCGUCCGUCUUAUAUUAGACGACUUUAACUUCUCAGACGCGGUUAAGUCGUCUCAGACAUUAAAGCCGUCUUCUAAUAUAAAUACGAUGGUGGCAGUACACUAUAAUAUCCAUUACAUAACCUUCACUAUAUUGGUGCGCGAAAUAUGCAUGAACGAGUACCAAAAAUUGUAUGUAGUGGUGUUUUAUUAGGUGGCAAACAUAUUAAUUAAAGAUUUUCUUCGAUAUUUGUAUAUAUCUUAUAAAUGAACAUAUAUGGAAGAAACGAGCCUCGAACCGAGUUUACCGUAGAUUGGAUUAACAAACCAUGCAUGGUCACAGGUUUGAUUCACUCACCGCGGUUGAGCCAUUUUUGAGCUUACCGAGUGUGGUGGAACUCAUGACAGCAUCAUCUAAAAUAAUAUUUUUGUUAUUUGCAGCUAAUUUGACCAUAUGCCAGCAGAAAUUAGAUCUUGGUUUUAUAUUGGACAACUCUGGCAGUGUUGGACAACGUAACUUUGAACGAAUGAAAUCAUUUGUUAAAGAUCUUACAGACUUCUACAAGCUAGGCCCAGAAGAGACACGAGUUUCGGUAAUGUCAUAUUCACACUCCGCAAACAUUCAUAUUGCGUUCUCGGCAUAUUUUUCGGAUAAAACGCGAUUUGAUUCGGCCGUGGAUAGAAUUUCGUAUACUGGUGGAGGGACUGCAACGGCAAUGGCUUUAAACAAGGCAUACAACUAUAUGUUUACAUCACAUUAUGGAGCGAGAGGUUCAGGUAAGGAUCUUGCCUGCUUGGCUGACGGCGGGUCACUCGAAAAGCAGGCGAGGCUAAGGAAAUGAAAGUGUUUUGCCCACUGAUUAAAUAGUGUCUCGCAAGUAGGCCGCCUGCCACGUGGACAAGUAAGGAUCUGGUCAUACAAGUAUGCCCGGGCAAAGCCUUAUUUUAGCUAUAUAAGUUUCGUUUACGGUAAACGUGCUUCAAACGUCAGUGUGUUCUAGCCUUUUCCACAGGCAUCUCCAUGGUUUUAGCCUGAAAUCCCACGGGUGGGAUGCCUGCAGAGGAAGCUAAGCGUGUUGUUUAUUAGGUAUUUACACCCUGUGUAAAAGUGCGUAGUUCAAAAUGUGUUCCAUUUUUUAGAGUUCAAGAAAGUUUUGGUUAUCCUAACAGACGGACGCAGUAACACAGGACAGGUCAGCGGACCAGCUCGAAAAUUGAAGAACUCUGGUGUUGUGAUAUUCAGUGUGGGCAUUGGACAAAGUAUAUCCAUGCAGGAAUUGCGAGUUAUGGCUUCGGAUCCAGUUAAUCAGCGUGUUAUUACAUUGGACAACUUCUCUCAGCUAGACAGGCUUGCUGAGCAAAUGUCUUCUCAGACUUGUAAUGGUAGGUUGUAUGCAUGGUGGCAAUGAUGGUGGUGAUGAUGAUGAUGAUGGUGAUGACGAUGAUGGUGAUGAUGGUGUGGUAAGUGGUGACAAUGACGGAGAUAGCAAUGGUGGGUGAUUAUGAUGGUGAUGGUAGUGACGAGCAUGAUGCUGAUAAUGGUGAUAAUGCUGGUUACUGUUUCGUGGUGGUUGCGAUCGAGAUUAUGGUGGUGCAUGUCGAUGUUGGCAAUGGUGAUAAUGGUGGUGAUGAUGGUGGUAACGAUGAUGGUGGUAACGAUGAUGGUGGUGACAAUGUGGUUAUAGUAAUGGUGGAUGAUGGUGAUGAAAAUACUGAAAAAACUUGUUUUGUUUUUAGCAUCCAAUUUCCACGUGUUCUGCGACAAUGACCACAUGACAGCUGUAUUCGACCGAGCAGAUCUUCCAAAACACGUUAACAUUGACCAUCUGUAUCUCCGAGACCGAUACUGUAAGGCUGAUUGGAACUCGACUCAUGUGAUUGUAAAAACUUUGCUGACUGGCUGUGGAACUGUCUUCUCGAAAAACGAUCAAACUCUCUUCUUUAGCAACGCUCUUUCUGAAGAAAGUGGCAGCAGCGGACAUGGCGUCAUUACCAGAGAUUAUUUGUUCAAAGCAAACUUGACCUGUGCUUAUCCUCGAAAACGUACGGUGGGAUCUUUCAGUUUUGCUCCGGCGAAACAGAGAGUGUUUGUGAAUGUGGGUAAGUGUGUUAAUUUAAUAAUAGUAUCAUAAUCGUACAGUGUGUGAGAACAUGUGCCUUUCACAUCAAAAUUCGAUUCCUAGAAUGUGGAGUUGUCAGAGUAUAAUUUCGCCUCAGUCGAUUGUGAGAUGAGGCCUUUAGUUUGACUUUACCAAACAUCGCAGGUUUUCUUCGGGUAGUCCAGUUUCCUCCAGUAGGAACACCAGAUCAAUACGGAAUCUCCUUUCGUGGACCCCUAGGUAGAACAAUUUAGAAGUAUCGUAUAUAAAUGAAGUUAGUUCAGAACUUCGGGUUUCCUUUUGCAGUAAAGUGGCCGUUACUGAACCUCUACAAAGAACAGCUUAGAUAACUGAUAGAUUUAGUCUAUUUUAUCACAAGAUUGACAGCAUCAGGCUGCCGGUUAUUCAUGUUGGAAUAAAUAUGGUGAGUUGUUUACAUCGCUUAUAGCAGCUGUUACAGUAAAGCUUGAAAAUAGAUUCUGAUGUACCGGCAAUACGAAACUGGAAUCUUGACGCUCUAGAAUGGCUAUAACCUGAGCUUUUGCCAUUCGUCUACGAUUGAUUCGCCAGUUUGAAUAAUUUAAAUACAAAUUAAUGACCAAACUAACUGUCUUUUUUUGCCAGUUCGUCUUAAUGGAUUAUCCGUCUGGCUGAACUAUCUAAACUCAGAUAAAUUAUCAGAAAUGACUAUCGAUAUAUAUUUUCCUUGUCCAAGUUUGUUCAGAAUCAUCAUCCAUCUCUAAUUUUAAAUCGUUUUCUAGCUGGUCAAGGCAAUUUCUCUCUUAGAAUGGAUGUGUUCAAGAGCAUAGAUUAUCGCCAGCCAUACGCAUCACAAGACUACCCAGUGUUGAAAUCUCUGUCAGAUAAUCUUUACAUUCAGUACUCUAUCAACACCAGUAACCCGAAUCUUGUUGUGCGCGCAGAAACGUGUAGAGCGACGCCCACCAACAGACCUUAUGACACUCCACAAUACGUCUUUAUUGCUGAUGGGUAAGCAGAAACAAUUGCAUUAAGUUUUGACUAUAAUUUUGAGAUACUUUAUGAAACGAUUGAUAAGGAGGUAAGGGCAAUUAACCGUAUUUGUCAUACCACUGAGUCAAAACUGCUUCUGUAAGUUGAGGAUAGGUUAUCUUUAACUUGAUUGGUGACUACCUUCUUCAACCUUCCUUUAAAUUGAUGUGUUUGAAAACUCAUCCACCCCUUACUUUUGGUACACUAGUUUAAGAAGAAAUUGAUUUAUUUGGGCCAAGGGUUCAGUAUUAAAAGUAGUCUCGUCUUGAUAUGUUUUAAUUUAAUUUUCUACUGACAACUGCUAGCAUUUGCCGUGAGAUUUUAGUAAGAAAUUGUAGAUUGCGAUCCAAAUAGUAAGUCAUGUGAUGAAAAAUCCUUAAGAUCUUCAAAUCUACGUUAUUUACCCUUUCCAAAUAAAUGUCAUUUAUUCAUUCGUUCGUUUGUUCGUUCGUUCGUUCAUUCAUUCGUUCAUUCAAGAUUUGGCUUCGUUGAGUCCUAGAGAAUGGAAAAUAAAUAUAACUUUGAUAAUUUCCACAUCUUAUUUCAGCUGCGACAAAGAUGAAACGAUUCGCCAUUACUCGUACGGAAUGAGUUCUGUCCAGCGUUUUAGUAUGCAGGCAUUCCGCUUCCUGUCAGAACAUCGCUUUGUCUACCUACACUGUGACCUGGUGGUGUGUCAUAGGUAUGACUACAACUCCACCUGUGCGCGAAGUACUUCAUGUUCCAGACGUUAUCGUCGUGAUGUUGAUCAGCAGUCACAAGAUGUGUCUGGUAUGUAUGCACUGUCGUUUGGGCCAAUAAUGGAAGGGAAGGAAUCCGAUGACAAGAGUGCUGGGGGUGAGUAUCACAGACUCAUAAUAGUAAGCAGUCCAAGAACAAGGGUAUAUACGACUUAACAAAAUAUGACGUGACCAGACUGCUAUCAAACCGCGGCCCACAUCAAUCAAGUUGCGAUUUAAUCGCAGUUCAAUCGCGUCUCAGCUAGUCCAUAAAACCAUUUCUCUGUUAAGCCUCAUACCCUAAAACGUGCCUUAAAUAUACAAGCACCCGGGAGGUUCAAUAAAGAGUUUACAUAAUUCUAGCUGCGGUCUAACUAUAGGUCCAGCUUGCAGUUUAGCUGCAACUUCACAGCAAUCACAUAUAUGGACUAUGGAGUUUGAUAGUUGCAGCUCAAGCGCGAUAUUGCGGCUUUCAACCAUCUAUCAAAGUUUCUGUGAUCACAGUAGGAAUUUUGCAUAGGUAAACUAAGUCGAUCUUCAUUUGUAAGUAAUGUUUGAGGGAACUAACUCUAUGUUUGACAAUGAGUUUGUUCCCUCAAACAUUUCUUACAAAUCAUUCAAGACUUAGCCGGAAUUUAUCCAUGCAAAAUUCCUACUGUGUUGCCAGAAACUUUGAUAGUGUUGCUGCUAAGAGUUUUCCCAUGGAAUAACGGUUAAGCAACGAGAAUGAGAGAGUUGGCGAUGAAACACGAAGCUUGAAACCUGAGGAAUAACUAACUGCGACCAAAUUGCAGCCCAACUGAAGCUAUAGCUAUUAGAAGCAAAGAUGUAUUUUCACUGUGAUUAUAUUAUGAUUUAUAAAAUAACAUGUAUAUAACGCGUAUUCUGAUUGGUCGAAAGCCGUGUUUGGAUCAGGCCAUCCAAACACGGAAGACUACCGUGUUGUUGUUAUUUUAUAAAACAAUUACUUUAUGGUUUCCGUGUUUGGAUGGACUGAUCCAAACACUUGGGAAUGUUGCUCGAGUUAAGAAAAGCGGGCAAAAUCACUCGCCUUCGGCUCGUGAUUUCGCUCGCUUUUCUUAACUCUCGCAACAUUCCCGCGUGUUUGGAUCAGGCCAUCCAAACACGGAAACCAUAAAGUAAUUGUAUAAUACUAAUUCUCCGCUAUCUUUGCCGUUUUACAGCUCAUUCGGAAGCAUCGAACGCUACGCUGAUUGGGUCUUUAAUUGGGUUUGGUUGUCUCAGUGUGGUUCUGAUUGGUGCCUUGCUCUUCAUGUUACAGCGAAGUCGUCGUCGUAGAUCUGACCAGACCAAGAAUGGUGUCGAGAACAAGGGGGCAUUAUCAAUGCAAAAUUUGGGAUACACUUGAAGUCUUGAGUUUUUAUCGUUUUAUAAUCCGUCUGAUAAGUUUAAUGCAUGACUACAUAACUGCUGAUUCGAAAAAUAAUUAAACACUGUUUAGAAAUAAUUAGUUUAAUCAUGGAUUGUAAAAUAACUGGAUUGUGUUUUAUUAUCCAUGGUUUAAUUAAAGUGGCACUAGUAGUUUAAUCUUUUUACAAGUAAAGUAGGUUUCGAAAAUGAUUAUAUUUGAUGAUGGCACUUUCAAUGUUUAAUCAAAGUGAUUAUAAAACUUGAUUCACAAAAUUGUUCUAAAUCAAAACAAAAUGUCAAAGUAUUGGUGUAAUUAGAACGUAGAAAAUAUUAUCAAACAAGUAUAUAUAGCACUUUUGGUGAAAAUAGAUUUCGUAUGUGGGUAAUAAAAAUUCCAAACGUC